GGUAGCCGGCUCCAGGCCGGCAGGCCGCUCUCUUUCGUCCUCCCUCUCCAUACGCGCACAGAGGGCAGCAGGCCAGCACACAUAUCACUCCUCGGGAGCCGAGCCGCUACCCCCACUGUCACUCCCCCCAAGAGCCCACCCAAAGAAUCCUAGAAUCCAAGAAAGGCAGCAACAAAAACAGGGGAGGUCUGAAGGAGGAAGACGAGUUGCUGGCGGGGAGGAAGACCAGUGUGUGAAGACCACGGUCUCACACACACUUGCGCACUCUCAGUGUGUGCGGUCUUCUUCUUUGACCGCCGGCUCGGAGUGGGGAACCAGCCAUGGGGAGGUGGUGGCCGGCUGCCCUGCUGGGCUGCGCGGUGGCCGUGGCGGUGCUGGCGGCCGCCGUCGAAUGCGCGGUGACCUACGACAAGAAGGCGGUGAUGAUUGACGGGCAGAGGCGGAUUCUCUUCUCUGGAUCCAUACACUACCCCAGGAGCACCCCUGAUAUGUGGGAAGGGCUGAUUCAGAAGGCUAAAGAUGGAGGCUUGGAUGUGAUUCAGACCUAUGUCUUUUGGAAUGGACAUGAGCCUACUCCUGGAAAUUACUAUUUCGAAGAGAGGUACGAUUUGGUCAGGUUCAUAAAGACUGUCCAGAAGGCCGGGCUGUUUGUACAUCUCCGCAUCGGGCCCUACAUUUGUGGCGAGUGGAAUUUCGGUGGCUUCCCAGUUUGGUUGAAGUAUGUACCAGGCAUCAGCUUCAGGACAGAUAACGAACCUUUCAAGACGGCAAUGCAGGGUUUCACUGAGAAAAUCGUGGGAAUGAUGAAGAGCGAAAAACUCUUUGCUUCCCAAGGUGGCCCUAUUAUCCUCUCUCAGAUUGAAAAUGAGUAUGGUCCAGAAGGCAAAGAGUUUGGUGCUGCUGGCCAGUCAUAUAUCAACUGGGCUGCAAAGAUGGCUGUCGGAUUGGGCACUGGUGUGCCGUGGGUGAUGUGCAAGGAGGAGGAUGCACCAGAUCCAGUGAUCAAUACAUGCAAUGGUUUCUAUUGUGAUGCAUUUUCUGCAAACAAACCUUACAAGCCUAUGAUGUGGACUGAAGCCUGGAGUGGCUGGUUCACGGAAUUUGGUGGAACCAUCCGCCAACGACCAGUUGAAGACCUCGCAUUUGCUGUUGCUCGAUUUGUACAGAAGGGUGGUUCUUUUAUCAAUUACUACAUGUAUCAUGGAGGAACAAAUUUUGGACGCACUGCUGGGGGUCCCUUCAUCACAACAAGUUAUGAUUAUGAUGCUCCAAUUGAUGAAUAUGGACUUGUUAGAGAACCGAAGCACAGUCAUCUGAAAGAACUCCACAGAGCUGUUAAGUUAUGUGAGCAGGCAUUGGUUUCUGUUGACCCAGAAAUUACUACCCUUGGAACCAUGCAAGAGGCCCAUGUCUUCCGAUCUCCAUCUGGCUGUGCUGCUUUCCUUGCGAACUACAAUUCUAAUUCUUAUGCAAAAGUUGUGUUCGACAAUGAGAAUUACAGCCUUCCACCUUGGUCAAUUAGCAUCCUUCCUGAUUGCAAGAAUGUAGUCUUUAACAGUGCAACAAUUGGUGUUCAGACAUCUCAAAUGCAAAUGUGGGCAGAUGGGGCCGCCUCAAUGAUGUGGGAGAGGUAUGAUGAAGAGGUUGAUUCUCUGGCAGCUGCUCCACUGCUAACGACAACUGGUUUGCUUGAGCAGCUUAAUGUCACGAGAGACAGCAGUGAUUAUCUGUGGUACAUCACCAGUGUUGAGAUAAGCCCAUCUGAAAACUUCCUUCAAGGUGGCAAGCCUCUGUCUCUCAGUGUGCAGUCUGCUGGUCACACCUUGCAUGUCUUUAUCAAUGGACAACUUCAAGGUUCUGCUUAUGGUACCAGGGAAGAUCGAAGAAUUAAAUAUAAUGGCAUGGCUAACCUUCGAGCCGGUACUAAUAAAAUUGCACUACUGAGUGUUGCCUGUGGAUUACCGAAUGUUGGAGUGCAUUAUGAAACAUGGAACACUGGUGUUGUUGGUCCUGUUGUACUUCAUGGGUUGAAUGAAGGUUCGCGAGACCUUACUUGGCAAACUUGGUCCUAUCAGGUUGGCCUGAAAGGUGAACAGAUGAACCUGAACUCCAUAGAAGGCUCAAGCUCAGUUGAAUGGAUGCAAGGAUCGUUGUUAGCCCAAAACCAACAGCCAUUGGCCUGGUAUAGGGCUUAUUUCGAGACUCCCACUGGGGAUGAGCCACUAGCUCUGGAUAUGGGUAGCAUGGGCAAGGGCCAAAUCUGGAUAAAUGGACAAAGCAUUGGUCGGUACUGGACAGCAUAUGCAAAUGGGGACUGCAAGGGAUGCAGUUACACGGGGACAUUCCGUGCACCCAAGUGUCAAGCAGGCUGUGGUCAGCCCACGCAACGUUGGUAUCAUGUGCCAAGAUCCUGGCUGCAACCCACUAGAAAUUUGUUGGUAGUUUUUGAGGAACUUGGUGGGGAUUCAUCGAAGAUUGCUCUUGUGAAGAGGUCAGUCUCAAGUGUCUGUGCUGAUGUAUCUGAGGAUCAUCCAAAUAUCAAGAAGUGGCAGAUUGAGAGCUACGGUGAGCGUGAGUACCACAGGGCCAAAGUGCACUUAAGAUGUGCACCUGGGCAAUCCAUUUCCGCCAUCAAAUUUGCAAGCUUUGGGACACCUAUGGGAACUUGUGGAAGUUUCCAGCAAGGAGAUUGCCAUUCAGCAAACUCUCACACUGUUCUCGAGAAGAAAUGCAUUGGCCUGCAAAGAUGUGUCGUUGCUAUCUCCCCCGAGAGCUUUGGAGGAGAUCCCUGCCCGAACGUGACAAAAAGGGUGGCGGUCGAGGCAGUCUGUUCUCCCACUGCUUAGCCUACUUCUCCAAGCAACAAAUUUGAAGGGGAUUGACAAAAAGGUGGACAAAAACAAUGGGGAGAGAUGAAUUGUAAGUAUCGACUUGAAGUAGAUGUGGUUGGAUGAUUAGGUCGUGAACUUAGCAUUCAUCGUUCAGAUUUCCAGAUUAGGAUUGGUUCCCUGCUACAUCUCCAUGAAUUGUUCAAAGCGGCAACUUGGUAACUGAAGUUGGCCCGGGAAUGGAGUGUAGACGGGAGUAAACGCAAAAGAUUGCAUUCUUUUGCUUGUGUUAGUAGUAGUAAAAUUUCUUGAGACGGAGAAAGACGCAGGUGAAGUGUGCAUUGUACCUUUUUGAUGUACUAGUGGUAAUAUGAGGAGACCGUGUGCGGUGUGCCUGAACAUGCCGAUGGUAACCUGGUGUUGUCUGUUACCGAAGUUUAGAUUUGGUAGCGCUUCUGUUCUGUGAAUGGAGAGAGCCUGUGGAAUUUCUUCGCAA